AUGUAUUUUGCUCGGGCCUCUUUAAUUCUGGCCGCCGUUGCCAAUGCUGCAUCUAUCCCGAACGGGAAACGUGAUACUGGAUUGGAAGUUACUCUCACAGCUGCUGAGGGUUCUGUCGCGGAUGUGAUCGCCACGGUCAAGAACGUUGGCGCUGAGAGCUUGAACCUGUUGACUCUUGGCACUUUCUUGGACGCCGCACCAGUUCAAAAGCUGGCUGUUGUUGAUGAAGCCAAUGCCCCUGUCGCCUUUACGGGAGUGUACCGAAGCAUUCAAUACUCGAAUGACUUGUCAGAUAACUACUUCAAACUUCUUGCGGCCGGCGAAAGUUUCAACACAACCAUCAAUGCGGCUGCAGUUCAUGACCUCAAGUCCGGAACUUACUCAUUCAGCGCCGAGGGUGCCAUUCCUUUCGCCAUCGGUGACUCCAAGGAGCUUACCGAUAAUGCUGUGACAUACAAGACCAAUGUUCUCACAAUGGCCGUUGAUGGAGAAGCUGCCAAACUCGCCCCCAAGGCAAUCCCGGAAAUGACUAUCGCUGAACGUACAGUUCUCCAAUCCGGUUGCACCAGCUCCAACAAAGCAGCCACCACCGCCGCACUCAGCUCCUGCGCUUCCCUCGCUCGGGCUGCCUCAACCGCAGCUAAAUCGGGCUCAUCCAGCAAGUUCAGCGAGUACUUCAAAACCACCUCAUCAUCUGUCCGCUCGACCGUCGCUGCCCGUCUGUCCGCCGUUGCGACUCAAUGCGGGUCCAUCACAUCUGGAGGAACCAAGUACUACUGCACUGAUGUCUACGAUUACUGCGAAUCCAACGUCUUGGCCUACACCCUCCCGUCUACCAAUGAGAUCGUCAACUGCCCACUGUACUACAGCGAUCUCCCUCUACUCUCCAGCACCUGCCAUGCUCAGGAUCGCGCAACUACCUCGCUCCACGAGAUGACGCAUGCUCCUGCCACAUACAGCCCAGGAACGGACGAUAAUGCAUAUGGAUACAGUGCCAGCAUUGCUCUUUCCAGCGCUUCGGCUGUACUAAAUGCUGACUCGUACGCUCUUUACGCCAAUGCUAUCUACGUUGGAUGCUAA